CGUAUUCGCGCACUGUCUCAACAGCUUCCAUCACAACAUGUCCUGAAACCAUGAUGUCUGAAGAGAUGCCUACCUCCUGGAAAUCGCUGGCAUCCUCUGCAUCCAGCCGUUUAAAGGGAUACGUCGCGCAGAAGGACCUCCGGGCUCGGAAUAUUACACUUCAACGGCGACUCGGCGUUGAUACUGAGAACGGGCAAUCUUGGAAGGAAUGGGCUGGACAGAAGAUUAGCAAUAUUAAUAAACUGUCAUAUAAUGGCAGCCCAGGAACAGAGAAGAUUGCUCUAUUCCCUGGAUGGGCGGCGAGGAGAUACUUGUCCGACAACCAUGAGAAAGAAGGUCCAUUCGAGGUUGACGUCUACAUCUCGGGAUUUGCUUCCGUCCAUAGGUCGCAGGAGUCAGCAAGUCGGUCUCAGAAGGCCUUUAUGAGUCUAGCAAAAAGUUUUGCCUCGUUGCCUAAGCUAGAGUCGGAAGGUCGGGCGGAGGGCUCGUCAGGCCUAGCCAGCGCUUCUACUGAAGAACUACUGGGCACCAUCAAGCUACCACCUCGGCCGCAGGACAUCACGGAGGAGUUCGAAGUAGAGGCACUCGAGAGACAGUUUCAACGACUCAAUCAGAGCCAACCCUCUGUAGAUCUCUCUUCUCUGCCCUCUCGGUCUUCCUCAUACGACGUACAACCUCCUGCUGACCGUGACUCCAUGACGAAACUAUCGGGCGACCUGCGCAAGUUUCAUGCCAAUUUGGAAGCUAGGCUGCAGCCUUUUUGGUCCUCGGUUCUUGCCAAUCGGUUGGUGAACAUCUGUCUCUUUCCAAAACCUCUCAAUGCCUUGGAUGAUCCAAUGAGCAACGGUCCUAUCGCAUCCCAGGACGUUCCUACGGCGGCAGACGGGAGUUUUCAAAUGCGGUUCACCAUCAGAUGGGAAGAUAUGUGUCAGCAUCCCGGCGCGCUUCACAUAGCAUUCGGUGAAUCUAACGUCGAGCAUGAGCUGAUAGUUGCAGCUCGACUUCUGCCACCACCAUCACCCCCUAGUACCUCGACGGCUAUGGAUUUUGUUGUCCCAAAACCUGUCUCGCCGAUAGUCACUGCUAGAAUCCCUUUGACCCACUGCCCUAUUCGUGUUAUAUCGGACAUCGAUGAUACCAUCAAACACUCGGACGUGCCUGGAGGUGCACGCAGUGUUUUCCGCAACGUUUUCGUCAAGGAUCUGGAUGACCUUGUUAUACCAGGAAUGGGACAGUGGUAUACCAGGAUGUGGAAUAAAGGUGUCCGCUUCCAUUACGUGUCAAAUGGCCCUUUUGAGUUGUUACCUGUUCUAGGGGAUUUUCUUAACAUCGCCCACCUACCUCCAGGUUCGAUAAAACUCAAGUCCUACGCAGGCCGGUCCUUAUUUAGUGGCUUACUAUCGGCUCCCGCUGCACGUAAACGUAACGCCGUUCUUGACAUUCUAGACUCAUUUCCCCACUCUCGUUUCAUACUCAUUGGUGAUACCGGCGAGCAAGAUAUGGAGCUUUACGCAGAGUUUGCCAGUCAGAGACCUGAACAGAUUCUGGCCGUGUUCAUACGACAUGCGCAUAAUGGAGAACCUCUCGAAGAUCCAACGGGAUCACACCCUACAGGGGAAAUCGAGUUACGCUCUGCACCCCCAGCGUACGGUACCGAGUCAGGAACUAUGCGUGCUUCUCGACGUUCGACUUCGGGAACGUAUUCUACGAUGUACGCCGUUCGAACGCCUACAACUUCCCGCAAAGAAUCGAGCCAGGCUAACAGCGACUACUUUGCGUAUCCUCUAACUGACGAACCGGAUUCAAUCGCUGAGAAAGAGUCGUCGGGAUCAGGAUCGUACUUCUUGUCAAAUCCCCGGACGCCUUCUCGUCUGACAGAGGCGGAGAGGAAGCAAAUAGAGCUGCAGAUGCGCGUUUAUAGUGCGAGAGCGAUGAUCCCGAAACAUAUACCUUUUCGCGUAUUCAGAUCUCCGGAAGAUUGUGUGGAGAUGCAUCAGGUUUUGUCAUAGUUGUAUAUCAUGGACGGUUUGUUCUGUAUCGUAUAUUAUCUUUCAUUAUUUGAUGGUUGGGUUGGGUUCACUUACGAAAUUGGGUGGACAGAGGCUUGGAUUUAAUACCAUGGACGGUGAGAUAGAAUGUAUAAGAGCCUUCUUUGUUAACGGUGCAGCUGCAGCUGCUUGCGUUCAUCCUUUUGCAUAUCAGAUCCUGCGGAUCCGAGUCCAGAUUUCAAGAAUUAAAGCAGCGGG